GCAGACUCAGUUGCGAUCUGCUCCGCCGCGAGAAUGGGAAUAUUCCGGUUGGUUUUGUUGUUCACUCUGUUCCUCUCUUACUCUCUCUCACUCGCUUUUCAAUCGGACGAGCUUCACCUCGACGACGAAGAAUUUGGCCUCGAAGGAGGACGCUCCUCCGAUUUUCCUGAAUCCCACACACCUUCAUCUGCUUCCACCACCACUCGCAAGAGGUUUUCAGACUCUGCCUCCGAUUCCAAGAUCCAGUUCCCACUCCAACACGCUUUUGGAGACUCCGAUUUCUUCGACGCCGGUAACUUCUCCGCUCGCCUAAAGACUUGGAGCCACGGCGCUCAGACGUUGACGAAGCUGCGGUUUAAGCGGGAUCCUUUGACUGAUAUUGAGCAAAAGAAAUUUCAAGAGCUGUUGCAAGGUGAUGAUUUCUAUAGGAUUAGACUGCCAUCUAAUGUUUUGAGCCCUCCUGGCAGGGAGUAUAUUAUUUCUUCGGUGAAAGCUCGAUGUCUUCCAGGGGAGGGAUUGGAGGAGCAUUUUGUAAUACACAUGGAAGGUGUUAACGUCUUGGCUGUCGAUUAUGGUGCCCCUGGGGCUUGCCCUUAUCCCCGGCAACUGAAGCUUCCUGCAAGGUGGUCUUUCAAAUCACAUACAGUUUUGAAGAACAGUGAACAGGCACCAAGAUCUCCAAUAUUUGCUGAAGAUGUGCUUGGUGGGGAGGUGGGAGAUGGUGAAAUGGUACAGCCAAUAGAAAGGUCCUUUUGGGCUAAAUACUGGAUGUACCUGAUCCCUCUUGGACUCAUCGUAAUGAAUGCCGUUACCCAAGCAAUGAAUAUGCCUGAGGAACAGGCUGGUGGGCAAGCAGGUGCUCAGCCACAGCAGCAGUCAGGAUCUGCAGUACAGCGUGGAACAAGUUCUGGUGUACGCAGAAGAUGAUAAUUUGGCUUCCUCGACCUUGUAAGACAUUAUUUUAGGACAUGGGUUAUGAACGAAAUCAUAGAUUGACCUUUUAUGUAGCAUUUUAAAAAUAAUUUUAAUUACAUAUUCAUAGAUUUGCGAUUCCCCUAUGAAAAAAUUGUAAUCUGAUUUGCUUGCAAACUUUGAAACAGCCACGUCUUAAAAUUUUCCAAUUAGAUUGAGUAU